AUGAUGAUAACGAGCCGAUGGGCGUUGGCCAGAUCACUUAGUAGCAUGGGAUGCGCGGCUAGUCGUACACCUCGAGUUGAAUCUUCGUCUCAACCAACAACGUGGGCUCAACCCUCACCAAAACGUAUCACUUCGACAACAGUUACACAGGUUCAUCUUUCUGUUUGUCCUUUAGUAUAUGUGUUGAAUAUUCAAUGUUUUUCAAGUGGUUUAUAUAUUUUUGAAAAACCUGUUUGUCUAUAGGUGGCCCCCGCAUCAACAUCAGCAAGUAUUGGGACGGCUGGUUCAUCAAAUGAUAAAUCAUCGCCACGUGGAAGUUUAACCACAACUUUCUCAGAAGCACAGAAAAAGAUUGGAGAAUCACAAAGAAGUUUGCACACCAUAAGGUUAUUUACCUAUGUUUUUGUCUGUUGGAUUGCGUGUUGUCAAGAAAUAUUAUGAAACUUUAAUGAACAUGCGCUAGAUAGAUAGCUAACAAAAUUGUGUCAGUUUUUGCCCUGCCUUUUUUACUGAUAAGAAUCAAAUAGUUCUUUUUUUCUUUUUAGUCCUUGCGCUACUUUGCACUUUUCUCCUUGUUUAAACGUGGGAGGUUUUAAGGCAAACUUUUUAGUUAUUUACACAGCGUCGUUGAAUUUACAAUUUAUUGACUAAACAUUCAUUUUUCAAACCAAGCAUAUUAUUAAAAAUCUUUAACUUAUCUCUAUGGAUACCAAACCAAUAUUUAAUCUCUGUAAAUCUAGAAUUUUGAAAGAAUCCCCUCAAAAAUAUGUUUUUUUUUGUCUCUUUAAAAUCAAAAAUCAAUAAACACAUGAAUUUUUGACGUGAAAAAAACGUGACCCGGUAAAAUUUCCAACAUGAUUUGAUUUCUCGAAAAUCAUUAUUUCGUUUUCCAAAUUUCCAACGAAAAUGUGGUUUUUCUGCGGUCGAUGUUUUCGAAAUCCAAAAAAGUGAGAAAAUUAGCUCGAAUUGUCUGUGUUGUUCUGCCUAACUAUUUCAAUAAAUAACCAACAAUUUUUGUCACUUUCAUAUAUUUUUCGAUGUUCUCUAAAUGUAUUUUUUAUUUUGCAGGUCGUCUACCGAUCAAGUUAUUCAUCCCAAAAGUACUCAUCAAAAAGCAAAAAUGAGCACAGGAUCUGGAGAUUCGAAUACUUAUUCAGUUGUUGAAAGAGGAACUUUGUAUGAUUUGGAUUAUCGUGUGUUCUUCAGUAAGAAAUCUUGUUUUUCUUGAGAUCUCAAAGAAUAUUAUAAUUUUCAGAGGGACCACAAGGAAUCAUUUCCCCAUGGCACGAUAUUCCAUUGUAUGCUAAUGAAGAAAACAAAGUUUUCAACAUGAUUGUUGAAAUUCCAAGAUGGAGCAACGCGAAAAUGGAAAUGGCUACAAAAGAACCAUUCUCGCCAAUCAAACAAGACGAAAAGAAAGGAAAAGCUCGAUUUGUUCACAAUAUCUUCCCACACAAAGGAUAUAUCUGGAAUUAUGGAGCAUUGCCACAAACUUGGGAGGAUCCAAACCACAUUGUUCCAGAUACUGGAGCAAAAGGAGAUAAUGAUCCAGUUGAUGUGAUCGAAAUUGGAUCAAAGGUUGCAAGCCGUGGAGCUGUUUUGCAAGUCAAAAUUCUUGGAACUUUGGCUUUGAUUGAUGAAGGAGAAACUGAUUGGAAAUUGGUUGCUAUUGAUGUUAAUGAUGAGCAAGCUGAUAAACUUAAGGAUAUCAAUGAUGUUGAAACUGUCUUCCCAGGACUUCUUGCGGUAAAUUCUCACGGAGAAUUUUGGGGCCCCUUUUGAAAUGAUCAAUUUUUGGAUAUCUCAAUUUUAUCGCUUCAGAAAUUAUCUCAAAAAAGCUUGAUACUUUUCUGAUUCAGCCCUCAAAAUUGAAUCUAACCUAAUUCCUCGGUUUCUAAUCACAAUGUUUUGCAGGCUUCCGUCGAAUGGUUCAGAAUCUACAAAAUCCCAGCUGGAAAACCAGCCAACGAAUUCGCAUUCAACGGCGAAUUCAAAAAUCGCGAAUACGCUUUGAAAGUCGUCGAUGAGACCAACGAAUACUGGAAAAAUUUGAUCAAGGAAGCCACUCCAGCUCUCAACACGUAAGUUUAUUCCUAUAUAAUUUUCUCUCCUUCAAUCCAGAUAUAUUUCCAGUGUUAGCCGUGUGCCUGGCGCUGUUCAUCAAGCAACCGAUGAUGCAGCCAAUGCAGCUGUAAAUUCAGCUCCAGAAUUCGGAGGACAAGCUGCUUUACCAGGAGAUGUUGACAAAUGGCAUUUCAUCCAAGGAUGA